AUGCAUGCGUUAGCAGUAGCGCUGGAUUUUAGUACGAUAGAAAACAUUGGUUAUUUGUAUAAAUCGUCCUUAUCAACAGAUAAAAUAUGGGAAAUUGCUGCUUUAGCAAUUUUUCGAGCAAUUGCCUAUGCCGAUGACGUCAACACAAUUGUACGUGAUCUUAAUGAAGAAACAGAAACGAUCGCGAUGUUUGAUCUUUACAAUAAAGCAUCCGGUGCAAAAACAAAUACAGAAAAAACAGAACUAUUUUGGAUCAGCGAGUGGUUGCCUCCGCCACCUUUUCGGGCCAAGGUCAGACGGGAUUGGUGCACAUUCCUUGGAGUACCUUUCGACACUCGUGGACAACUACCGCUACCAGCAUUAGACAAAAAGAUUUCGGGUUUCAAGCAGCAGAUAGGUUUCUGGUCACAAAUUCGCUUAUCAUAUAUUGAACGGACCAUCGUACUCAAAGCCUUUAUGCUCAGUCGAUUUGUUUACUGGCUGUCAUUGGUUA